AUGCAGGGUAUGCCGACGGCCAUGGGCACAUCGCAGAUGGGCAUGGCUGGAUAUGCGCAGUAUGCAGGAGGUCAGUAUCCUGGAUAUGGUGCUGGUGCUUACGGGUACUCUGAUCCCUAUGGAAGGCCAUAUGGCUCCAUGGGCGAGCAGGUGCCGGCAGGCUGUGGCUAUAUGCAGGGCGUCACCCCACCGCCUCCACCGCCGAUGGCCCCUCCCGGAGCUCCGCCACCACCUGCCCCUCCGCCAUAUAUGCAUGGCCCCAUGACGGAGGAGGAAAGGCUUGCAGAUGAGCGGGACAAGGCUCGAAGACGUUUGGAGGAUGAAACUCGACUCAGAAAUGAGGAGCUUCACAGGAAGGCAGAUGCGGAAAAAGCACUUGCUGCCAUAAAGAAUGCAACCAUAGCCCUGCAGAAUGGACAGUCUGACGCAUUGGACAAUCUGCAGAAGACUCUGGAGAACCUUGUCCAGCGGGAUUUGCCAAAGUGUGAAAGCCAAGCGGAAUCUUUGAAGAAAGACAUGAACAAGGCUAUCCAAGAAGCCACAAAAAGAAAGGAAGCUCUUCGUGAGCUGAAAAGCAUGGUCAGGAGUGGCGAAGAGCACAUCAAGGCCACUGCCGAGCUCAUUCGCCAGAAUCUGGCCCUGGACAAGGAGAAAGAUCGGGAAGAGAUGAACGAUCAGUUGGAAAAUGCCGGAUUGGAGGCACAAGGAAUGAGUGACCGAUACCAGUCAUUCAUGGAGGAGCGUCUCAAGUCACUUGAGGAGCUCCAAAGUGUCACCAAGGGGCCUGCUCUGGUGGAUAUGCGGCUCAUCAUUGCCAAGAUCAAAAAACUCGGCAGCGAUUUGACGCAAACUGCAACAAAUGCCGCCAAUGUGGUGAGGGAAGGCAAGGACAAGCUGGCUCGCUGCGAAAUGGCCGUGGAGCAGACGCAACGCAUCAAGGACAUGUUUGCCCUCUAUGAUGCGGAUGAAGAUGGCUUUUUGUCGAAGCAGGAGGUCAUCCAAUACGCUCAAGGUGAAUUUGAAUUCACGCCUCCGGAGUCCUGCAUGGACAGGCUCUGGAGAAACUUGGUGACUCCAGGCAAAGCCGGCAUCGCCUUUGACUGCUUCCAGCAGAUGAAGGUGACCAUUGGCGCCGCCCGUGUCAUAGAGAAGGAGCCGAGAGCUUUGCUUCUCCGAUAUGAGAAAUCCUGCGAAGCUCGCAUUUGCCUUGCAGGAGAGAAGAAAAGCUCAAAGCACCGAGGCUUUCCAUGCUCUUGA